GAGAGGCGGAAAUCCAAGUUCGUAGGAUUUGCGGUUCCUUCCAAGUUUUGUUGUGUCUUCUCCAUUCUCCACUGAGAAACGGCCUUUUUUUUUAACUAAACAAUUAACAGGCUGAAGAACCAGGCUUACGCUCACAGAGCACAUAUCAAACCCAAUAAUGGCGAGAAUAGGUUGUACUCACUUAAUGCCAUCUCUGCUUGCUCCCCUGAAGCAGCACAGACAUCAUUGCCAGCUAAUGUUUUGUGUAAUCGGCGGCGGUGGGUUCGGUAGAGCACGGCCAUUUUCUUCAUCUAGGAUAUGCAUGAGCCUCAAAGCCGGCAUCGUUGGCCUACCUAAUGUUGGCAAAUCCACUCUCUUUAAUGCCGUUGUGGAGAAUGGAAAGGCUCAAGCUGCCAAUUUUCCAUUUUGUACAAUAGAGCCAAAUGUAGGAAUUGUUGCAGUUCCGGAUCCACGUCUUAAUGUGCUUUCUGAUUUAAGCAAAUCUCAACGAGCAGUUCCAGCAUCUAUAGAAUUUGUAGAUAUUGCUGGGCUUGUCAAGGGUGCUAGUCAGGGAGAGGGCUUAGGUAAUAAAUUUCUGUCACACAUUCGUGAAGUUGACUCCUUGCUUCAGGUUGUUCGAUGCUUUGAAGACAAUGAUGUCAUUCAUGUUAAUGGAAAAGUUGAUCCCAGGUCUGACAUAGAUGUUAUCAACUUAGAGCUUGUUUUCUCAGAUCUUGACCAGAUUGAGAAAAGGCUGGAUAAGCUAAAAAAAAGCAAGGGAAGGGAUUCACAAUCUAAAGUUAAGGAGGAUGCGGAACGUUCUGCCUUGGAAAAAAUUAAGAUUGCACUUCUGGAUGGCAAACCAGCACGAUCAGUUACUAUAACAGAUUUUGAGAAAGAAGCUGUGAAGCAUCUUUGCCUGCUUACAAUGAAACCUAUUAUAUAUGUAGCCAAUGUUGCAGAAACUGAUGUAGCUGAUCCUGGAAGUAAUCCGCAUGUCAAAGAAGUGAUGGGUCUUGCAUCCGAGUUGCAAUCUGGACUAGUGACAGUAUCUGCACAGGUUGAGUCUGAACUAACUGAGCUUCCUUCUGAAGAAAGAACAGAAUACUUGCAAUCUCUUGGUGUCAGUGAAAGUGGUCUUGGAAACCUUAUCAGAGCAACAUAUAGCCUUUUAGGGCUUCGUACUUACUUCACCUCUGGCGAGAAGGAAACAAAAGCAUGGACCAUACUUGCAGGGAUGACUGCACCUCAAGCGGCUGGAGUCAUUCACUCUGACUUUGAGAAAGGCUUCAUUCGUGCUGAGACGGUGGCUUAUGAUGAUUUCGUUGCUGCUGGUACACUUGCUGCAGCGAGGGAGAAAGGAGUCUUGAGAUCGGAGGGUAAAGAUUACGUUGUACAAGAAGGAGAUGUGAUGCUGUUCCGAUUCAAUGUUUAACGGUUCUAGAGAUGGAAGGAGUAUUUAUUUUUCUCCAAAAGUGAAGGUGAAACUGGAAUUACAGGUAUGAAAAAAAUGGUCUUGGAGAUUUGAAAAUGAUCCGUGAAUUUCCCUGAUGGAAUGCAAAUACACAGACUACUACAUAUGAUUAUUAGUUACAUGCAGAGAGAGUGCUAUAAAAUUUUGUUUGGAAAGUUAAUAGCUUAAUUGAUUGAUUAAAUUUUUGUAACAUCACUUCUAGAAAUAAACAGAUAAAACUAUAUGAAGAGGAUGGAAGUUAAUACUAUGGUGACUGGCCCCCAUUCAAUUUUCAA